AGCGCGUUGCAGACAGCAGACACGACGGAUUGACUGCUGAUGGCUGUCCCAAUGUGCGCCUCUAGCCCGUGUUACGACCAGGGCUGGAUCACUAGGAUUUUGCAGCAGGCGGUACCACGAGCAGUGCCGACACGAGUAGCCUAAGCCGCAGCAGAGAUAUUGCAUACAUAUAUAGGGUCUCACAGACUCCCCUGGUUCUCUUUUUCAGCCAGCAGUUUUCACUCCAGCUCAGUAUUACAGUACACACCUGCGUGCCUGCAGACAACAACCAACACAAUGGCGCGCCUCACACAGUACAACUAUGUCUUCGCCAUCGGCACCUUCUUUGCCAUGCUCGAUGCCUACAAUAACGGUGCUAACGAUGUUGCCAACGCUUGGGCUACCUCGGUCUCUUCCCGUUCGGUUACCUACCGCCAGGCCAUGGUCUUGGGUACCAUCUUCGAGAUGGUCGGUGCCAUCACUGUUGGUGCCCGUACCGCUGAUACCAUCAAGAACGGAAUUAUUCCCAACAGCGCUUUCCGCGGCGAUGCCGGUGUUCAGAUGCUUGCUUUCACUUGCGCUCUGGCUGGUGCCUCCAUCUGGGUCAUGUGGUGCACCAGGCACUCUGCUCACGUCUCCUCCUCGUACUCGCUCAUCUCCUCGGUCGCUGGUGUCGGUGUUGCUGUCGCUGGUGCUAAGAACGUACAGUGGGGAUGGAACAACGGCAAGGGUCUUGGUGCUAUCUUCGCUGGUCUUGGAAUGGCUCCCGCUGCCUCUGCUUGCUUCGGUGCCAUCAUCUUCAUGCUCAUCAAGGUGACUGUCCACCUUCGCAAGAACCCCGUUCCCUGGGCUAUCUGGACCGCUCCCUUCUUCUUCCUGAUUGCUGGUACCAUCUGUACCCUUUCCAUCGUCUACAAGGGAUCCCCCAACCUCGGUCUCAACAAGAAGCCCGCGUGGUAUGUCGCUACCGUCACCGUCUCCUGCGGUGUUGGCCUCGCCCUUCUAUCCCUCCUGAUCUUCGUCCCCUACCUCUACGCCAAGGUUGUCAAGAAGGAUCACACCGUCCGCUGGUACCACAUGUUCCAGGGCCCUCUUCUCUUCCGCCGCCCCGCCCCCGAGGGUGGUGAAGCCCGCGUCCCCGACUACGCCGUUGUCCAACACCACGACGACGAGCCCAAGCCCGAGCUCAAGAAGGCUGACAGCUCUGACGAUGACAUCACCCCUGCCGACCACGAGAAGGGCCUCGUUGUUUCUGAGGAGCGUCAGCUCAGCUACAAGGAGCUCAUGCAGCAGGGUCAGGACCGCUUCCACGCUAGGCUCAGGACUAAGUCUGGCCCUCUCGGCUGGGCUAUGCGCUACCUCCACGAGAACAAGAUCGAGACUGGUGAGAUCUACGAGAAGAAGAACAUGGUCAUUACUCUCAAGCGUAUCCCCGCCAUGAUCGUUGUCGGUGCUCUCUACGGUGUCAACUACGACAUUCACGCUGCCCAGACUGGUAUCCACGGCACUCCUGAGGGUCGUCGCAUGGAGCGCGUCUACUCUCACGCACCCAAGUACGCCAACGAGGUCGAGCACACCUACUCCUUCGUACAAGUUCUUACUGCUUGCACUGCCUCUUUCGCUCACGGUGCCAACGAUAUCGGUAACGCUGUCGGUCCCUGGGCUGUCAUCUACUCUGCCUGGAACACUGGUAACGCCGCCAAGUCUAAGGCUCCCGUCCCCAUCUGGCAGCUUGCUGUUCUUUCCGCCACUCUGUCUCUUGGUCUGAUCACCUACGGAUACAACAUCAUGAAGGUCAUGGGUAACAAGAUCACCUACCACUCGCCUUCGCGUGGUUGCUCCAUGGAGAUGGGUGCCGCCCUCACCGUCCUUAUCUUCUCGCAGUACUCCCUCCCUGUCUCAACAUCCAUGUGCAUCACCGGUGCUACCGUCGGUGUCGGUCUCUGCAACGGUACCAUCAAGGCUGUUAACUGGCAGCGUGUUGGUCUCCUUGUCUUCUCCUGGAUCAUGACCAUCCCAAUCGCCGGUACCAUCGGUGGUCUUGCCAUGGGUAUCGUCCUCAACGCUCCCCACUUCGGUUAAGUGUUUGAUCUUCUGCAACUCCAAAGCUGUCUACUGGUUUUUGAAUACCCUCUUUCUUUAGCGACAGUCGAUCGUUAUGCGGCAUGGGAUAGAUUUCUUCACUGUACCGAUACAAGCGUGGCGAAUGGUAAAUAGUGGUUUAAUGCGCCAAAAUACAUGACAUUCUCUAAAUUCAACU